AUGAAGAGAAAAGCCGACGAGACCGCCACCGCGCCCGAGAGCGAGAAGCGCGCAAAGACAGAAGUUUCUACACCUGAACUAUCAUUCUCCGAUCUGGGCCUCGACACACGGUUAGUGCAGGCCGUCGCCGCCGAGAGCUUCAAGGACCCAACACCCGUGCAACAGAAGGCCAUUCCUUUGGCCUUGGACGGCAAAGAUGUCGCUGCGAAGGCGCCAACAGGUUCCGGAAAGACGGCUGCUUACGUCCUGCCCGUUCUCUCGAGUAUCCUGAAGCGAAAAGCUACCGAUUCUUCCCCCGCCACGACUGCCCUGAUCCUCGUCCCGACCCGUGAGCUUGCCGACCAAGUUGUCAAAGCGAUCGAGCAGUUCUCAGCAUACUGCGCAAAAGACAUCCACGCAGUCAAGCUCGUCGACAAGAUCUCCGAUGCGGUUCAGCGUUCCCUCCUCUCAAACUUCCCCGACGUCGUCGUGUCCACCCCCGCUACCGCAUGGCGUAACAUUACCUCCGAAGCAUUAUCCCUCGACAAUCUGACGUGCUUGGUCCUUGAUGAGGCUGACCUUAUCCUGUCAUACGGCUACGACGAAGACCUCGAGAACAUUGCGCGAAAGCUACCCAAGGGUGUCCAGCUCUUGCUAAUGAGCGCGACACUGUCUACAGACGUUACAACUCUGGGAGGCAUCUUUGGACGCAAGCCGACAAUUCUGGAUCUCGACGAAGAGGAGACAGAGAAUGACAACCUGUCGCAAUUCGUUGUCAGCUGCGGAGAAGACGAAAAGUUCCUUUUGGCAUUCAUCAUUUUUAAGCUGAAGCUUGUCAAGGGUAAAUGUCUCAUCUUUGUAAACGACGUCGAUCGUUCGUACCGCCUGAAGCUAUUCCUCGAGCAGUUCCAGGUCCGAAGUUGUAUCCUGAAUUCGGAAUUGCCUGUCACAUCGAGAGCGCAUGUGCUGGAGGAGUUCAACCGGGGAGUCUACGACAUCAUCAUAGCGUCCGAUGAGAAGAGCGCGAUGGGUACCGAAGAGAAAGACGGCGAAGAAGGUGACGGUUUGGAGCAAAAGAAGGAAAAGGACUCAAAGAAGAAGCGGAAGUCGAAACGAGACGCAGAGUUUGGCGUCUCACGAGGCAUUGACUUCAAGAACGUGGCUGCGGUGGUCAACUUUGAUCUGCCGACGUCCGCAUCAUCAUACACACAUCGCAUCGGCCGCACAGCGCGCGCUGGCCGGACAGGCAUGGCAUUGUCCUUUUACGUGCCUCAAGAGCUGUACCGCAAGCACGUCCCCACGAGCAUAGAAACCGCGGAGAACGAUGAGAAGAUCUUGGCCAGGAUCAAGAAGCAACAGGCGAAGCUAGGCAAGGAGGUGAAGCCUUACAACUUCAAGAAGGAGCAUCUUGAUGCGUUCAGGUAUCGUCUGGACGAUGCCUUGAGAGCAGUCACCAAGGUUGCAGUUCGUGAGGCGCGUAUGAGAGAACUGAAGCAAGAGAUCCUCAAGAGCGAGAAGUUGAAGAGGUACUUUGAGGAGAACCCAACAGAGUUGCAGCACCUCAGACAUGACGGCGAAUUGAGGACAGCCAGACAACAGCCUCACCUGAGGCACGUACCCGAAUACCUGUUGCCCAAGGAAGGCAAGGAUUCACUCACAAAGAACGACAUUGGUAUGGUGCCGUUUCGAAAGGUUGGUGGCAAGCAGAGGAGGAAUAAGAGCAAGCCCGGUCGCGGCAAGAAGGUGGGAACAAGGAAAGUCAAUCCCUUGAAGACUUUCAAGGCACGGAGGAAAUGA